UCGUUCGGUGCUAAGGGUGAAGGUGUUACGCUUACUUAGUGCUUUUUAUCACUACUAGUACAAGUGCUUCAGCCUCCAUUGUUGCCGCCAUGGAUUGCCGAACUGUGCUUUUUUUUGCCGCCAUCUUCUUAUCAAUGUUGGCAGCGAAUGUUGAUGGGCGCCGUAAGAAGGUUGUGAUACACGUUCCAGUGAAGACAAAUAGAUUGAAACACACUCAUACUGUUUAUAAAACGGUACAUCAUCACCACACUCACCACAACCUGCCCGACCACGGUCCCUUCCCGGUUGAAGAGCAUGAACACUUCCACCACUACGAUCCUCCGGAGCCAGAACCGGCGUUGUCGCACAAUGAGCCACUCAGCACUCUCGCAUUAAAUGGAUUUUUACCAGAUGCACCACUCGAUGUGCAUGAUUUUAUUAACAUAGAGAAUAAACCGCACAAGAUUCCAUUUAAUCCACGGUAUGUACAUCGAGGACUGCCUUAUAGACCGGGAUUUCUUAUGGAGGUGAACUAAGAUUACAUGUCAGCCAUCUUUAAUUAACAUCCCGAAGUGUUCAAGAAACCCAAAGCUCAAGUAUUCUUGACAAAGAAUAUGAAGUGACGACACUGCCAUGUUGAAGACAUAAGAACGAGUCUCCAUUGUUUUAAUACUCGUAUUAUACUAAUAUCGUCAUCCCUCUUAUUCUUUAUGAACAAAACAGUGAUGACAGUAAUGAUAUACAUGUAUUAAGACAGUUGAAAUUCUCUAUUAGUGUUUUAGUAUUUUUUGCUUUUUUCACGAUACUCUUUUUUAUUAUAAAUGCUUAGCGAUAGUAUUUUUUACGUACUGUUGCCACUACCGAAAUUAAGUACGAAACAUGUUGCUUAACCUUGGAAAUACUAAGAUAACGAUAUAUGUACGCGUGUUUCGGCAGUGGAAACUCACUGUUAUAUCGCUCACUUGUGUUGUUUAAAGUUAUUUAAAUAAUUAGGAUAUGAAUAAGUAAGUUGUAUUAUUAUAACGUACAAAUAAAAUAGCAAGUUAAUUACUUAGAAUUGUCAAGUUUUCUUCUAUACCAAAGAAUGUUUAGGUAUUUUUUCUAUUUAUUUGUCAAUUUUUGUAUCUUCUAAAUUAUUAAAACUUAUUUUAUAUCUGUUUUAUUAGGUAUUAAGGUUUCGCUAAAAAUGUUGUCAUUAGUAUUAUGAAAUUAUUAUUGAAGUAAAUACGAAAAAACUGUACACAUGAUUUGUUACGAUUAUCAACCUUAUGUUAACUUUAAAUAAGAAUUACAUUCGAGUGCUCCUUAAAUGGAUAUUGAACCCUUAGUGAGUAUUGGCGAGCGCUUGGUGAUUUAGCAAUGGACUAUGGCAUCGUUGGUUGACUCAAUGAACGAAGAAUCAGUGAAGCAUUUUCUGAUUUUUUAAUAUCAGAUAUGGUUAUGUUUAAAAUUACGGUAACAAACAAGCUUGCUGAGCGCUAAAUGUAUUAAAGUCAUGGUAACUCGUAAUUUUUAAGAAUAUUGCAUGAUUCAUAUAUUUAAGGCUGGCAUUUUAUCGUUA